AUGCAGUCUGACCUCCAUUCCUUCGUACCACCAAGUCUAUCAUUUUUUACAACCCUUCCCAAACCGAGCACGCUGAUAUAUACAAUCUCCCCACCACAGAUAACCACAACGGAAACGACUACCCCGACACCGGCACCGAGUAGCACCACGUCAAGUUCUAAUAUCUCAAGAAAUGCCACGAUAGGGGUUGUGGUUGGGACAGUUAUUUCUGCUAUCCUCGCCGCCGCCGCGUUAUUGUAUUCCUACCGCUGUUACCGAAGACGAAACCGAAUGGCAGCGGGAAAGAAAGGAACGGAUGAUGGGACACAGAGUGAGACGCAGAUGGCCCAGGAGCUUAUUACGCAGCAUAACGCUCAUGAGCUGGGGACAAUUUUUAAUGUAUGUGAGCUGGAAGGUGAUAACGGAGAGGUGUUCGCGGCAGACGCGGCACGGGCUGGCAAUAGCAAGGGAGUACAGGAAAUUGAGCCGGAGGGGAGGCGAGAAAACAAGAAGAUGAAGAUAGUAGAACCUCUUCCGGAUGGCCAUUUCGCUGGGCAAAAGAAAAGAGAGCAAGAGAAUAAAGCGGCGUCUGAGAGUGAGGAAGACGACAAGGCAGGAGGGCUACAACCCGCAUAUGCCAGCUCUCUCACUACUGGUAGCAAUAGGGAGGAAGAAAAAAGCAUACCUACAAACUCUGCCUCAUCUAGCACACCCAUACAACCUAUUAACCCACGCAAAACUACUACCUCGUCCCACGACACCGGAAUUAUAGCGGCUCCUCUCUUCCCUCCCCCGAUUCCGCCAAAGCUAGAGUCGCUAGCAACAAUUAAGGAAGAAGGAGGAUAG